CUGCUCUACGUGGCGGAGGACUAUAACAAGAAGAUUGUUGGCUAUGUGCUCGCUAAGAUUGUGUCGCGCACUCACCGCAAGCUGGGUCUCGCCACCAAGCUCAUGACGGCUGCUCGUGAGUGCAGUGAGGCUGCUCGUGAGUGCCGUGAGGCUGCUCGUGAGUGCAGUGAGGCUGCUCGUGAGUGCAGUGAGGCUGCUCGUGAGUGCAGUGAGGCUGCUCGUGAGUGUGCUCCCUACCAAGCGGGUCUUAGUCAUCUUUUUCCAUUGUCUUGUCUCAUCCCAUAUUCCCAUACCCCAUCACCUCACUCCUGCCCUGCAGGGCACGCGAUGGAGGAGGCGUUUGAGCAUGCAAUGGAGGAGGUGUUUGGUGCCGAGUACGUGUCCCUGCAUGUGAGGAAGAGCAACCGGGCGGCUUUCCACCUCUACACCGAAACACUCGGUUACAAGAUCAAUGACAUUGAGGCGAAGUACUAUGCUGAUAGCGAGGAUGCUUAUGACAUGCGCAAGAACCUCAAGCCCGCUGCUGAGAAGCCCAAGAAGGAGCUCAAGGGAGGAAAGGCCGCUUCUGAUGAUAAGGCAUCAUCUAAUAACGAGGAUGUGGCCAAGGAAGAUGCUGAGGCAGCUAGUAACGGGGAUAGGGGCGGUGCAGAGGGGACCGGGAGGGCUGAUGAGUCGAAGGCUGGGGAGAAAAAGGAGGAAGGUUCUGAGAAGGCGGGUGAGAAGGAGGUGGCUGCGCCGGCAACACCAGUGAGGGAGAAGGAGAAAGGGGCGUCCCCGGGGGUGGCAAGGGCGGGUCUGGGCGGCGGCGCAAGGGCGGCAAGGGCUAAUGAACAUUGUUACUGUAGAUUAGAUUGCAAUGCAAUGCGUGAGAUGGAAUCGCGGGUGAGAAGUGGUUUUGCCGGCAACACCGGUGAGGGAGAAAGGUAG